UCAUUCAGAAUAAUUUAUAGAUAAAUAUAGAAAGAAGUUAGAAGAUACAGAGCAAGUAUUUAUUAAACAAGUAUUUUAUGGCACAUAUAGAUAUGAAAAAUUUUUAAAAAUAAUAACAGAUGCAUUAUUUGAAAAUUAUUCAAGUUAAACAAACCGAAACGAUGCAAUUUUAUAUAAUAUUUUUGGAUAUUUAAUAUGUUUUAGAUUAGAUGAAUUACCUUUUGUUGAAUUUAAGAAAAUGGUUUUGUCUCAGGAGCCUGUAAAAAUGAAUGUUUUUCUUUAGUUUUUAUUCGAUUUAGAGAAAGUAAAUAAGUAUCUAAGGGAAAAAUGGAUAUAAAUUUAUGAUAUUUCCUAUAUCGAUAAUUAAAUAAUAACAUAGGCUCUAGAAGAAAAACUACCUUUAAUGGCAGAUAUUUUAGGACAUUUAUCAUAAAAAGCUACAGGGAAAAAAAGUGAUUUGGUUAAUACGUUAGAAUAAACACUUUCUUUAUCAGAAAAAAAUAACAAUAAUUAAAAUUUGCAAUAAAAAAAAGAAAUAACUGUACCUAUACCUUUCAAUUUGACAAAACCUAAACCUAAAGCAUUACCUGAACCAAUAAAAAUAGAGAAAAAAGUAAAGGCUAAUCCUAUUCCUCAAACUAUUUUUAAAACUAACAUUGAAUAAAUUAAUUAGAAAGGUAAAGAAAGAUUAGAAAAUAUUAAAAAAUAAGUUGAAUAAGAAUAUAAAGAAUCUAAAAUUUAAAAAUUCGAAUUCUAAUUAGAUAAGAGACCUACAAAUAUUUAAAAAAUAUAUCAAGAAGUAGAAGAAAAACUUAAUUAAGAACUUUAGUUUGAGAAAAAAAAUUACAGACCUCCGCCAACAUUUAAAGAACCUGUAGAAAUUAAGCAUAAUAUAGCUGCAAUAUUAAGGGAAGAUGCUAAAAUAAAAUCUGUUUAAGAACAAGAGGCGAAAAGAUUAAAAGAUUUAGAAUGGAAUAUGAGAGAUUCAGCUGAAUUUGAAAAUUGGAAAAAAGAAAUGAAAUAUAAAGAAUAAAUAGAAAUAUUAGAAUAAUAAUAAAGGACUAAAAUAGAAAUGGAGUUAGCUAGAGAAGGUGCUAUGAAAGCUUUUAAUGAAAAAAUAGAAAAAAAUAAACUUUAAGUACUUGAUAUGAAAGAUGAGUAGAAAAGAAAUCAGGAAGAAAUAAUAAAGAAAAAAGAAGAAAAUAUAUUGGAGAAUAAAUAAGUGGUUUUAAGUGUUUAAGAAACAAGGGAUAAUGCAAGUAAAGAAAUAGCUAAAUUAAUAGAAAAAAAGAAACUUUAGGCUGAUGAAUUAAAAUAGAAAAUAGAAGAAGAAUUGAGCAAAAUAAAAGAAGAAGAAGAAGUAGAAAGAAAAAAAAAAGAAGAAAUAAUUCGAUAAAUUCGGGAAUUAUAAAAAUAACCAAAAUAAAGAACUAAAGGAUUCGACCCAACAGAGACUAUGGGUUAUGGUCUUUUAUAAGAAAUGUCCCUUGUUUAAUUAAGGGAGAAAUUAAAUGAGAUGAAAAUAAUAAAAGAAAUUGAAAAAGAAUAGAGAAGAGAAAAUAACUUGAAAAAAAAAGACGAGAAAUUACAAGAUAUAGAAGUUAAAGUAUAGGAAAUAAAAGAAAACAGCGAAAUGAGUCUUUCUAAUGCUAAAACUAAACUUGAAUAAUCGAAAAAAUUAUAAAAUAAAAAGAAAAAACAUGAUGAUUAGUAAUUGUAACUCCCAGGACCGAGAUAUGAUGCAAUUAAUUCUAUUACUGAAUAAAAAGACGAGGAGGAUGAACAUAAAUGA